UAGCCUAGUGAGCCGUGGCGCCAGCCAAGCCUGUAUUCUUUUUAAAUUACCUGGUCUCAGAUAGUCUGUUGUAACUACAGAGGAUGGACUAAGGCAGCGUGAAAGGCACAAAUCUAGUUUCGUUUCUUUCCUCUAUAAAGCUACCCAGUUGUCUCAACAUCUGUUAUUGAUCACAAAAUCAAUCUUUUCUUCUUGUCGGUUUCAACAGCACCUUUAUCCUAUGCUACAUUUCCACAUGUGUUUGCAUCUAUUUCUGGAGCUUCCCUUCUGUUCCUCCCCUUUGUCUGUUCAUGUAACAACAGACAAUGCCGGCUUUAAUUGUGGCUGCUUCAUUAAUUUUUUUUUUUUUUGACAGGCAGAGUGGACAAUGAGAGAGACAGAGAGAAAGGUCUUCCUUUUUGCCGUUGAUUCACCUUCCAAUGACCACCGCACCGCGCUGAUCCGAUGGCAGGAGCCAGGUACUUAUCCUGGUCUCCCAUGGGGUGCAGGGCCCAAGCACUUGGGCCAUCCUCCACUGCACUCCCGGGCCACAGCAGAGAGCUGGCCUGGAAGAGGGGCAACCGGGACAGAAUCCGGCGCCUCGACCCGGGCUCGAACCCGGUGUGCCGGCGCCACAAGGUGGAGGAUUAGCCUAUUGAGCCACGGUGCCGGCCAUUAAUUUUUUUUAAUUUUAGUAUUUUCUACCCUAUCCCUCCAAGGUUCCUUUACUAGUGGGUUCCUUCUCUCUGAAGCUCCUAUAUUCAUUAUCUAACUGUUACCACUUAGCCAGUCAUCUUCAACCUUAGCCCCUUGGAAAUGUGUUUUCUCACCAUCUGAGAGUGCACAGGCCCAAGCCGGAAUGCCUGAUUUUUUGUAUCCUCAUCUCAGAAGUAAUGGACAGAUCAUUUCUUCGGCCACCUGGUCUGAUGGGACAGGUGGCUGCAUGCAGUGUGAGUGCCAGCAGCAGGGGACAAGGUCAUCGCAGAGUCUGGCAACAACCUCAGUCCUGGCAGCUGUCACCCACUUUAUGAAGCUGCUUCCCCCUAAGACCUCUGCCCUUCUCUUGAGCUCUGGGCGGCUUUCCCCGAUGGCAGGGCCACCUCCUUGGGAACACACCGUGUGCCUCUCCAUUUGGCUUUCCCAUGCUUGCCUGUGGUGCCCCUGAGCCUCACACCUACUUCCUGAUAGGCUGCAAGCAUUUUUGACAGGCAGAGUGGACAGUGAGAGAGAGACAGAGAGAAAGGUCUUCCUUUUCUGUUGGUUCACCCCUCAAUGGCUGCUGCGGCCAGAGCCAGGAGCCAGGUGCUUUUCUUGGUCUCUCAUGUGGGUACAGGGCCCAAAGACUUGGGCCAUUCUCCACUGGACUCUGGGGCUACAGCAGAGAGCUAGACUGGAAGAGGUGCAACCGGGACAGAAUCCGGCGCCCUGACCGGGACUAGAACAGGUGUGCCAGCGCCGCGGACGGAGGAUUAGCCUAGUGAGCCGCGGCGCUGGCCACUGCAAGCAUUUUUAAAAUGGAUUUUUGUAAGGCACAGUGCUUGCAUUAUUUUGGCAUUUGUCAUUCUCGACACAGUGCCUAGCAUGAAGUAGGUGCUCAUGAAACACCUGGGCACAGGUGAGAGCCUGGGUGGUGUGCAGACACCUGGAGCUUUCCAGCCAUGGGUCCUGGAGGGUGCUAGGGCCCUGACCUAGGGAAGCUUUGGGGCUGGGGCCUGUGGCCUCUUUGUGGCCUUGUAUCCAGCCCUGCCCCUCCAGCCAGCUGGGCCUGCAGCUGCCCGUCCCACCCUGUGCUUACAGAGUGGGGCUUGGAGCCUGCUUUGGACCCACGCAUCUGUCUGUUUCCCCAGAUGACAGCAUCUCUGGGGGCAGCCAGACCACGGGGAAGGGUCCCUGGUGAGUGGUGCGUGUGGCGUCUGCAGUACAUGACUCACCUCAAGUCCUGCACUUUCUCCCUCCUCUGCUGUGGGUGAGGCCUCUCCCCCUCUCCCCCCUCCCCUGCCUCCCUCUGAUUCUGGGAAUGGGACUACACAUUCUGGGAAUCCUGGGGUUUCCAGAUAGAAAUCAGCAGUGCCUUGUGCAGCCCGCAGCUUCCUCCCUCCUCACACUCAGCCGCAGACUCCCGCAGAGGCGCUUCUCACCUGCAGCCAGCAGGGAACAUGCUGCGUGCAGUGGCCCGGGCGCCCUGGAGUUUGUGUCGUCCCAGUGCUGGGCUCUUUGUGAGGAUGCACAGCAGUGUGAGAGCCCCCAAGCGCAUCCUGGCUGACCGAGUGGCUGUGGUCACCGGGUCCACCGCCGGGAUCGGCUUGGCCAUCGCCCGGCGUCUGGCCCAGGAUGGGGCCCACGUGGUCAUCAGCAGCCGGAAGCAGCAGAACGUGGACCGGGCGGUGGCUGCGCUGCAGGGCGAGGGGCUGAGUGUGACGGGCACCGUGUGCCACGUGGGGAAGGCUGAGGACCGGGAGAGGCUGGUGGCCACGGCCCUGGAGCACUGGGGAGGUGUGGACUUCCUGGUGUGCAAUGCUGCUGUCAACCCUCUGGUGGGGAGCACGCUGGGGGCCAGCGAGCAGGUGUGGGACAAGAUCCUGAGCGUGAACGUGAAGUCCCCAGCUCUGCUCCUGAGCCUGCUGCUGCCCCACAUGGAGCGGAGGGGGAGCGCUGCCGUCGUCCUGGUCUCUUCCAUUUCGGCGUACAUGCCUCAUGUGGAGCUGGGAGCCUACAACAUCAGCAAGACUGCCCUGCUGGGCCUCACCAGGACCCUGGCAUUGGAGCUGGCCCCCAGGGACAUCCGGGUGAACUGCCUCGUCCCAGGGCUGAUUGAGACGGACUUCAGCAAAGUGUUACACAAAAACAAGGCUUUCUGGAACCUCUUUAAGGAAAACCAGAAGCUGCAGAGGAUCGGGCAGCCGGAGGACUGCGCGGGACUUGUGGCCUUCCUGUGCUCCCCAGAUGCCAGCUACAUCACCGGCGAGAGCAUCGCGGUGGCCGGCUUCUCCCCUCGGCUCUGAGAGGCUGGGCGUGGCUGUGCCACCAUGGGCCUGGCUUGGGAUGGAAGCAGCAGCGGUGGCAGCCGCGGUGGUUUGGGGACUCACUCAUCCAAGGCUUGAGGAGGCAGGCGCCUCCUGCACGUGGCCAGGGCAUUCGGUGGACCUUGGUGUGGGGCCGUGUGUGGGACUGAAUGGUUUCAGGGGCUGGUGCUUUGGGGGAACUUCAAGGGCAAAGAGUAGGGGUGGGGGUCUCAGCUGCUUCUCUCUGUAAUUUGUUGCUUUGGACACGUUUUUCCUAAAAUAAAUUCAAAUGUG